AUGUAUAUUAUAAUCUUGGUGAUAGUCUUUAUUUAUAUUCUAGAAAAUUUUAUCUCUAAAAAUAUUAAAAAAUCAAAGUGUGAACCACCAGGUGGAAUUGCACUGCCAUUGAUUGGUAAUCUUCAUCAAGUUGGAGACAUACCACAUAUUGGAUUGGUAAAUCUCUCGAAAAAGUAUGGUGAUGUGUUUAGAAUCUAUAUGGGAGAUCUCUAUACUGUGGUUGUGAGUGACCCAAAGAUCAUUCGUGAGUUUGCUGUGAACCAUUUUGAAAACUUCACCAACAGACCAACGACACCAACUUUUAACCUACUCUCAAGAAACUUCCAAAACUUGGUUGUUGCUCGUGAUGAACGAUGGUUCCAUAUCCGAAAGUUGGUUGCCAAUUCGUUCACCAAAACAAAACUCCGUCCAAUUGGAAGCAUUCUAGAUCGUCAAGUCGGUUCACUCCUUGAUAAGAUGAAAGAAUAUCAGCUCUCAGGACAGCCAUUCUAUCCAAGAGACUACUGCAAGAAAUAUUCGUUGAAUAUCAUUUUCAACCUGAUGUUCAGUGACGAGAUUCCAUUGAAUGAAGAUACCAAUCAAGGUAAGAUUGCAAAGUUGAUUCCGCCCAUUGAAGGAUGUUUCAAGCGUUUGGCAUCAGCCAAAAUUCAAGACUUUAUCAAUGUGAUUGCACCGUUCUAUUUCCUCUACUCAAAAAUCACAGGAACGGAAAUGGAUCAACUCUAUGAUUUUACCAAGGAUAUCUACGAUGAACAUCUUGCCACUUUGGACCCAGAGAAUCCAAGAGAUCUAAUAGACGCACUCAUCAUCGAUUCCAGUGACAAACAAGAAGAAAAUAAAGAAUCGGUAAUCCUGACAGCUAUCGAUUUUAUUCUGGCUGGAACCGAUACGAGCGCCUCCACAAUCGAGAUGUUCAUGAUGUUCAUGAUCAACAAUCAAGAAGUCCAAACUAAAGCAGCAGCUGAACUGGAAUCGGUAGUCGGUCGCGGACAAAGAGUAUCUCUGCAACACCGUAGCAGCACUCCAUACAUGGUAGCGGUAAUCAAAGAAGUCAUGAGAAUCAAACCAAUUGCACCACUCGGUUUACCCAGAGAAGCCAAAGAAGCAUGCAUGGUCGGUGAUUACUAUAUUCCAAAGGGUGCCCAGAUUGUCUUUAACUUUACAUCACUACACACCAGCGAGAAGUACUGGGAUCACCCACAAGAAUUCAUGCCAGAGAGAUUCCUAAUGGUAUCGGAUCACACAGAAACCUUUUUGCCAUUCUCUGUUGGUAAGAGAAACUGUGUCGGUAUGAAUUUGGCAAUGGAUGAACUCUAUAUUGCAUGUGCCAACAUCAUCCACAACUUUGUUUUACAAUCAUCCACCAAAGAGAGACUUGAUGAAGAGGAAGUAUUUGGUUUAACUAUUCAUCCUAAAUUAUUCUCAAUUGAUAUUCAACCAAGAUAUUAA